CAUUUACCAAAAUAAACCUUGAUUCGGCCAUUGUUUUGGUUUGCAGCUUUCAGCUUACGAGAUUUACUUCAAAAUGAAUAUGAGAACACCUCAGUCGUUACUAAAUGAAGACGAUCCUAAUAUUGUGAAUAUGCCAAGUCAAGACGUCGACUUUUCUGAGUACAUGUGGAUGGAAGAAAUGGACGAGUUUGAUCGUCAGGUGCAAGAAGAGCUACAGGAACAAGAAAUGAUUGAAGAAUGUUUCGAGGAUCUCUAUGAAAUGGAACGGCUUGCUAGUGAAAUCCUGUCUAGUUCCCCUGUUGAAAAUGAUUUUAUCACGUUUGACUCUGCCCAUGCUGGUAUGAGAACAAAUGGCAUGGCCCAUGGAUGGCAGGACCAUUCAUUAUCGUCCACUCCUUCCACUGAGGUCACCAUUGUUUCCAGCAAGCUGAAUCCACUGGCUCCUGAAUUUUAUCCCAGAGGGCAGUGCUAGCAUUCUUCACUGUGCGUGUUAGUUCUAAUCUAUUUGUUCCUACUUCAAGUGCUGGCUGGGAGUAUUAUCACUGACUUGGUCCACACUGCCUCAACUACUUGCUCUAUGUUGUCUUGUUGACUACUGACCUUAUUGCAAAUCCUGAAAGCUCACAAACACAUGCAUGAAAUGUAUGAAUGCCUUUUUUAACAUAGGGUAACUCUUUUUAUUUUCAUCGUGAUGAGAAAGGGUUUAAUGUGUGCUUUUUUUUUUAGCGCUUUUUGUUCAUGAAGUGUUUCCCUCCCCUCCCCCGAAAAAAAAAGCUUUCUAAAUGUUCGAAUGUUGUUCUAAAACAAAAAAAAAGUUUUUGCUUUUAUAGCUCACUUUGAUGCUUCAAAAUGGGAGCAAUGUAUUUAAAUACUAAAUGUUGCACAUGUCUUACGAUUAAGAAUAGGUGGUGAACUGAAUUUUUUAUGAGGUUACAAACAUUUGGAAUUUUUUUUUUUAUGAAUAGCAAAAUUUUUAUGAA